AUGAAAAACAGACCCGUUAAUGUAUUGGUUGAACUGACGUCGACUGUAGCUUUGUGGGCAGAAUACGAAGAAUAUCUGCGAUCGCAAGAGAUAUUGGAUACGGAGCAUCCCCCACUGCCACCCAAACAAAGAGAUGACUCUGUUUCAUUGAAGCUUAGAGGAACUACGGAUUAUCUUGGAAGUUGGAACGCCGUCAUCUUCAUGUGCACGCCAAUCUUUGACAAUAUGGAUGUUAUGAUGGACGUUGGUUUAUACAUCAGCGAUCUCAGUUUUCAAGAUUCCCUUCAGAUGUUGUUGAUGACGGGUCCACAGCAAUCUGCUGAGCUGAAACUAGCGUUGGACAUGGAACAAGCAAAGACGUCGAAACUAGCUGACACUUUGGCAGAACUUGAAAAAGAGAAUCAAAAAGCUGAGACCAUUGUAUUUUCUAUGAUUCCAAAAGAAAUUGCGGUCAGGCUGAAGAAGGGAGAAAGUGCCGUCAGCAUUGCAGAGGUGUUUGAAAAUGUUACAGUCCUUUUCAGUGAUGUGGUUGGUUUUACAAACAUUUGCACACGAAUAACACCAAUGGAGGUUAUCGCUAUACUGAACAAGAUAUACACUGUGUUCGACACCCUGUCUGAAAG